ACUUCAUGACUUGACCUCUAGUUUGGCACGAAAGUCAAAACAUUGAUAUAUUUCGUUUUUCCAACGUUUUUAUUCCAUUUUGGCAAUCGGUAUCUUGUAGAUGAUGGAGCCGCCUUGCAAGUUUGAGACCAGGGAUAAGUUGAUGACGGAGAUCGGGCCAUGUAUGCAGGCACCUCAUAAUAAGAUUUCAGUGGUUGGAGUAGGACAGGUUGGGAUGGCGUGUGCAUAUACUGUCAUGUUACAGGGUGUUGCAAGUGAAAUCUGCCUUGUAGAUGUGAUCAAGGACAAGUUACACGGAGAGAUGAUGGAUCUCCAGCAUGGUCAAGCAUUCCUCAAAAAUGUCACAGUUAAAGCUAGCACAGAUUACUGUGUAACAGCUGGUUCAGCCAUCUGCAUUGUCACAGCUGGUGCAAGGCAGAGGGAUGGAGAAAGCCGUCUAGACUUGGUGCAGAAGAAUGUAGAAAUAUUCAAACAUAUUAUUCCAAACCUAGUCAAAUACAGCCCAGAUUGUAUUCUAUUGAUUAUAUCAAAUCCAGUUGACAUCCUCACAUAUGUUGCAUGGAAACUGAGUGGUCUUCCUCAUCAUCGAGUAAUGGGGAGUGGGACGAUGCUUGACUCGUCCAGGUUCCGUUUUCUCAUGAGCCAGAAGCUUGGUAUCGCUGCCCAAAGUUGUCAUGGAUGGAUUAUUGGGGAACACGGUGAUUCAAGUGUUCCAGUUUGGAGUGGUGUAAAUAUUGCUGGCGUUCACCUGAGGUCGCUGAAUCCUAGUCUCGGAAAGGAUGACGAUCCCGAAAAUUGGAAGCAGGUUCACCAGGAAGUUGUACAAAGCGCGUAUCAAAUCAUCAAGCUGAAAGGUUACACAAGCUGGGCUAUCGGCCUCAUGGUCUCCACAAUCUGUCAGGCGAUUCUCAAGAAUACUCGCAAUGUCUAUGCUCUUUCUACAUUAGUUCAGGGUUACCAUGGCGUUGAUAGAGAGAUCUACCUGAGCCUGCCGGUAGUAAUUGGUGAGGGCGGCAUCACACACGUCAUGUGCCAGACACUCUCCAAGGAAGAGGAAAAGCAGCUCCAGGAGAGUGGCAGGAUGCUGUCUAGCGUCAUCGAGACAAUCAAGUGGUAGAAGAUGCUGGGGACGGUAACAACCCUUGGUGGAUUCAGAGGAAGGCACAGAGAGGUGGGCCUCUAGUCCCACAGCACCAGGGCAUCCUCCUUUUCUCAGAACCCUGCAUCUUCCCCCGACUUUUAGAUGUGUUUUAAACUGCCGGAACGAUCAAAAAUACACAAGACGUUUCUUUUUGGAAACGACAUAUCAAACCCGAUAGUCAGAGAUGGCAUUGUCUAGCCAACUGUGGUGCUUGAAAUAAACUAGUCUACACAGGAUAUCCACACUUCAUUGACACAUGUUUUUAGAGUCGGCUCUUCAGAUCAAAAGUUGCAUGUACAUGUAUCUUAAUGAAGAUACAGAUAUGAUUAGAUGUAGUAUUGAAUGAUCUCGUGCAAUGAGCUACUGGUUUAACUGCGGUUGUGGCUAUGUGGCAGGGUAUGCAUGGUUAUGAGUAGAUUUAUAGACAAAUUGUAUCAAUGAUAGGAUAGUAUUUAAUGUUUAUACUAACCAAGAGUGUUUGAAUUGUGACCCAAUUCUAAAGAAGGGUGGAUAAUUCUAUUGCUGUGUGCUUAAAAAACAAAGUAUAGUGCCAUAAUGCGUGUGUUUGUUGUCCUUGAAAGAUUGGGCUUAAUAAGCUUUAUAACUUCCCACAUGUGACCUUCAUCAAAAUGUGGAGUGAUAACUUAGAAUUGUUAACUACAUUUACGAAUCCCACCGUAGUCCUUUCAUUUCAAAUAAUCUUCCUUUGUUGUUCAUUCUUAUUGUUGACAAUGUCAUUGCAGAUAGCUAUUUUCAUUUCAUUGAUGUUUUGUACUCCCUAUGUCUUCUUCCACUCCCACAGGGAUACUCAGGUUCUGUUAUGGGUUGUAAGACCCAUGAAAUCAUUUAUUAAAGAUUUGCGGGACGUAAUGGCAGACGAAUCGGUGUACAAAAAUGUAACCGGGCUACGUCGCAGAUUAAGACUGUUGGGUGUCUUUGACAAAUGAUGCUGAUAUAUUGUGAUCUCAUGUUGUUGUAUGUAGAUAUGAUGUACUGUAUUUUUAGAAUAAGAAAUACUCCUAAAUUCACCACACGGUAGAAGCUAGUAGCUUCUUUUGCUAACUCAGAACAAACUAUUUCACUGCCGAAAUUCAAGUGCAUUUAGAUGACCUGUUUAGCUAGAAACCUGUAUUGUUCAUUGUAUAUGUUGGAGCAUAUCUCUAUUGCUGGAGUAUGUAUGUCGACAAAUGUCACUAUUUUCUCAAUCUGGGCAAUCAUGGUCAAAAUUGUGAUAUAGUGAUAUACCCCUUUGAGUGUUCUUACUUGCGUUGUGCCAAUCAGCCAUGUGCCGUAUGACUGAACCACAUUGUCAUGUAUCGUGUAUUUGUUAUUCAUGGGCCCAUCGUCAAAUUAUGGUUUUGGAGAGUAGUGAAAAGUUGUCACAACUGUGAGAUUCAGUGGGUUUACUGUCACAAGUUAUGUUUAAAAGUGGUAAAGGUACGCGUAGAUUUGGGCCACAGAUGAUGAUGUUGUUAAUAUGUAGAGUUGAAAUAAAUACUUAUUACUGUUA